AUGGCGUCAACAACGUUACCAGCAACCGAAGUUUUCCCUAGCGUCACCAUGCCCAUCACGGCAGUCUUAACAAGCGCUCUUCUCUUUGUGAUCGUCGCCGGAUUCAUCUCUCUCUUCCUCUGGAAAUGCUUUCUUCACCGGUUGUUCUCGGCUUGGACCCGUCAGAGAACACCCUACGGUGACCUGAUCCAUGUCACCAGCACCCCUCCUGAAAGCCCCGGCCUCGACCCAUUCAUCGUCAAGUCCUUUCCCGUCUUCCUCUACUCAUCAGCAACGAUGAAAAACCAAUGCACGGAAUGUGCUAUCUGCUUGUCAGAGUUCUCAGACGAAGACACCGUUAGGCUCAUAACGGUUUGUCGCCACGGGUUUCAUUCGAGUUGCAUUGAUCUUUGGUUUGGGUUACACAAGACUUGUCCCGUUUGCCGGUGUGAGCUAGACCCGGGAGUACUGGUCGGAUCUGGAACCCAUGAUGAGUCUUUGCACAACACGGUCACGAUUACUAUUCAAGACCUAAAUUACCAUGACCAAGAGAAUCCUCCUAGCGCUAGCUCGAGCAAAAGGCUUGCGGAUACCUCGUCGUCUUGGAGGUUCUAUAGGUCACAUUCUACGGGGCAUUUCAUGGUUAAGAUGACGGAUGUUGGUGUGAAGAUAAAAAGAAGAGAUUACCAAAUAGGAAACAGUGUCAUGUUCGAGGAAAACCCUCCUAGUACUACUAGUUCAAGCAAAAGGCUAAUUAGGGAAGCAUCUGCUUGGAGAUUCUCGAGGUCACAUUCUACAGGGCGUUUCUUGGGUAAGACGACGUAUGUCAAUGGACUUACUCGGUAUGACGCUGCAGAAUGUGGGAUGGCUUGGUGAUAUUCAUGAUAUAACCUUAGCAAAUAAAAUCUCUACAUUUUUUUUGUGUGUGUUCUUUAUAGCAGUAGAGAUUGAAAAUUGUAAUAAAGAUCUCUAGUCAGAUAUCUCCCUAGGAAUAAACUGAAAGAGAAUAAGAGUCUAUUCCAUGUGUU